GAGCUGCGGGGAGCCCGCGGCUGCACGGAUUCCUUUCCCUGCCCUGUCCCUGCUGAUCGUGCUUUGCUGUUUGCCAGCCUUCCCCUGGCCACCUGCUGAUUGCCUCCCCGCGCUUCUCCCAGCAAAAAUGGCAUGGGGGGGGGGGGUGAGGGCUGGAGGUGUUAGCGACUUUUUGGGUCUUCCUUUUUGGGACUUCCUCCGGUUGAGGCUCAGCCCGCUAUCGGCUGUCUUGAAAUUACUACUUCUGGUCUUUCAGUUGCGUUGCUUUGGCCUUGUUUCUUUGCUUGUCGUGGCUCUUUGUAGAGCAGAUGCACCGUGCAGCAUUGUGAAAUUGCUUCAUGAGGUGCAGCCGUGCUCUGGAGGCAUUUUGGAAGAUGCUAUCUGUGCUCUUCUGUCUCUGCCAAAGUAAACUGAAAAUGCGUGUCACGGGGUUUUCUCUAUUUCUCACCAAAAAAAAAAAACCCCGGAACACUUUUGUCAUAAGGGCGGACGGGACUUUCUUAGAACUUUAGUAAGAAGUUGGGCUGGAGUUUGUGAGCAACUUCUGAAAGUCAGGCUUCCAGGUACUUUUCAGUUGCAGUUUGAGAUGAGCUCCAUUGUUAACUGCUCUGUCUCAUGAGCAGUAGGAGAGUGACACAUAACAGAUGGAGUUCAGCUGAUUAGACCUUACAAGUAAGCAUCACAGAUAAACAUCUGUAGUAAGACUGUAGCAGUUCAUUCUCUUGGCUUCUUUUCCCUUUACUGUUGUGACUGGUUAAAAAAAAAAUAAGCUGUUUUGUUUCUCCCUUUCUGUGUUUUUUUUAAAUCACCUUUGCUAGCCAGUGUAUCUUUUCAGAUACUCGUGAUUCGUGUUCUGUUGGAACACAAGAGCAGGUUUCUGUCUCAGUUAAAUACUCACCGGGUAUUUUCCUAGUUUGUGCUCAGUACUCUGUAAGGACCUGUUAGCUGUUGCACAAUCUUGGGCAUUCAACCUGUCCGUGAAGUAACAAGCUGUAUUUAGCUCCCUUAAAAAAGUGACAAGCCUGAAUUUGAGUUGCCUGGGGAGAGAGAGAGAGAGAGAGAGGGUGCGAUUGCUUUCUCAAGCCUUGAAUAAAGCAAGCUACUUCCUUUCCCCUACCAUAUUUUAUUCUCUUUUUUUUUGCUUUUGAUACAUAUCUCAAUACUUAGUUUGUAUUUAUGCGUGUCACAAACCGGUGAAGGUAUUUUUAAAAAGAAGGCAGUGACCAGAGUGCACCUGAGGAGGGGGAGGAGAGCUGUGGAAAUACAGCAGGAGCGAGAACAAUGCAUACACUGCAAUGUCCGAUUCCUACUUACCCAACUACUACAGUCCCUCCAUCGGAUUCUCCUACUCGCUGGGCGAGGCUGCCUGGUCCACGGGGGGCGACCCCCCCAUGCCCUACCUAACCUCUUACGGACAGCUGAGCAACGGGGAGCCUCACUUCCUCCCAGACGCCAUGUUCGGGCAGCCAGGGGCCCUUGGCAGCACUCCAUUCCUCGGGCAGCACGGCUUUAACUUCUUUCCAAGUGGGAUUGACUUUUCGGCUUGGGGGAAUAACAGUUCUCAGGGACAAUCCACUCAAAGCUCUGGUUACAGCAGCAAUUACGCCUAUGCCCCCAGUUCGCUGGGGGGGGCCAUGAUCGAUGGACAGUCCGCUUUUGCCAGCGAGACUCUCAACAAAGCUCCGGGCAUGAACACCAUAGACCAAGGGAUGGCAGCCCUGAAGCUGGGCAGCACGGACGUGGCCGGCAACGUCCCCAAAGUUGUCGGUUCGGCCGUCGGGAGCGGAUCCAUUACCAGCAACAUCGUGGCAUCUAACAGCUUGCCUCCGGCCACCAUCGCUCCCCCGAAGCCGACGUCCUGGGCUGACAUCGCCAGCAAGCCGGCGAAGCAGCAGCCCAAGCUGAAGGCCAAGAACGGCAUCGCGGGUUCGAGUCUUCCCCCGCCUCCAAUCAAACACAACAUGGAUAUAGGAACUUGGGACAACAAAGGGCCGGUGGCGAAAGCCCCCUCGCAGGCCUUAGUGCAGAACAUGGCCCAGCAGCCCCCCCAGGCUUCCCCCCAGCCCGUGGCUCAGCAGAUGACCGGCAGCCCGCCCGUGGCCCAGGCUCCCGGCGGGCAGCAGGCCCAGCCGCUGCCCCCGCCUCCGCCGCAGCCCACCCCGCUGCCCGUCCCGCAGCCGGCGGCUCAGCCCGCGCGCUGGGUCGCUCCCCGCAACCGGGGCAGCGGCUUCGGCCAGAACGGCACCGAGGGCGGCGGGGUGGGAGCGGCGCAGCCCAGCGCAGGCUCGGCUCCUUCGGAACCUCACCCGGUGCUGGAGAAGUUGAGGUCCAUCAACAACUACAACCCCAAGGAUUUCGACUGGAACCCAAAGCACGGCCGGGUUUUCAUCAUUAAGAGUUAUUCUGAGGACGAUAUCCACCGUUCCAUUAAAUAUAACAUCUGGUGCAGUACGGAGCACGGCAACAAGAGACUGGAUGCCGCCUACCGCUCCAUGAAUGGGAAGGGCCCCGUUUACUUACUGUUCAGUGUCAACGGUAGCGGUCACUUCUGCGGCGUAGCAGAAAUGAAAUCUGCUGUGGACUAUAACACGUGUGCGGGUGUGUGGUCCCAGGACAAGUGGAAGGGACGUUUUGAUGUCAGGUGGAUUUUUGUGAAGGACGUUCCCAACAGCCAGCUGCGGCACAUCCGCCUAGAGAACAACGAGAAUAAACCAGUGACCAACUCCAGGGACACUCAGGAGGUGCCUCUGGAGAAGGCUAAGCAGGUGUUGAAAAUCAUUGCCACCUACAAGCACACCACCUCCAUCUUCGAUGACUUCUCACACUAUGAGAAACGCCAGGAGGAGGAGGAAACUGUUAAAAAGGUAACGUGUGUGUGUGGCAUGGUCCCGUGGCCCGAAGGGAUGGGCUGGGGAGCGGGUUUGGGGCUGGCCCUGUGCUGCUGUAGGGAACCUGCUACCCAAACAGGAGCACUGCUACCCAAACUGGAGCACCUUUUGGGGUGCAGGUGGGUGCUGCCAGAACUGGGUGCUGUCCUGGCAGGCGGAGCUCGCGCCAGCUUGCACUCAGCAGCCCUUGGGUUGCUCUAAAUCCCAGACUUCUCAGUGUGCUGUAUUCAGCUUUAUCCCGCCGUCAGCUCCUGGUUCAAUGUGGCCUAAAGUAAGAGAUCAGUGGGGGCUCUGGGCAGUGGCUGAGAAGCAGAGCUGGGCUCUGACAAGCUGUCUGAUCCACCCCCUACCUCGAGCGGGAUCAGCGUGACAGAUGUUUCCCACCGCCUGUAAAACCUUCAGGCACAGCAGUUCCUGUCCCUCCCCGGGCAAUCUAGCCCCGUGCUUAAUUAUCCUUCCUGUUAGAAGGCUUUGUCUAAUGCCCAGCCUCAAUCUCCCUUGCAGCAAUGUAAGUCCCUGACUGCUCGUGCUCCCCUCUGGACGCAGAGCAGGUCAUCCCGUUCCUCUUGGCAGCGAGCUGCUCGUGGCCGUGCCCUGUGCUGGGCUGCGUCACCUCGGAGCUCGCUGUCACCCUCUGUUUGUUCACUGGAGGGCUGAAAAUAAUGCCCAAACUGUGGAGCUGGGAGGAGGGAAUUCAGCGACCGCCCAAACCACCUGCGCCUGACCCUCCGUGCCAUGUUUUGGUCCAAACAGUAAUUACAAAUUAGCAUUAGCAGGGCUUUCUGGGAGCUGGCCAGGUUUCCUCAUCCCCUCCUUAGUUUCGGCAAUGGGGAAUUUUCCACGCAGCGGUUGAGGAGCGGAGUCGGGAGCUGCGACUGCUCACCACGACAGGACACGGUGAUGGAUCUUUAGAUGGGGUUUACUUGUGUGCACGAGCGGUGCCACCAAAGGCAGUCGUGUUCUGCAGCUGAUGCUCAAACACUUCUGGCACGUGAAGGAAAUCUGUAGGGGAGGAAGGUGUUGCAAGGUGUGCCGAGGGAACGUUCUCUUUCUGGUUGAAGUGUAAACUUGAUCUCUGUGUGAUCUCCAGCCCGUCCCGAAGUGGUGAUUUCUCCUUUGUCAGCUGAGGUUUUGAGUGCAAUCAGAAAUCUGCUCUGUGUAGGAUGCUGUAGGAAGUGGGACUUGCGGUGCGCUCUGUGUCUGACGGCGUGGGGUGUGAGAAAGGGGCAGAUCCCAGCGAGGGGAGAAGCACUGCUGGGGGGAGGGAGAGGGGAAUAAAUAAAAUGGAAACAGCGAAUGGAGAUGGGGGUGAAGAAGGAAGAGCAACAGAGUGGGAGAGACGUGGGGGAAGGAGGGAGGCAGGCGGGUGGUUUGCUGGAGAGCAAGCGGCCUGAACGUGGGUGAGGUACGAAGACCAGCGACACAGCCGUUCUCUUUACACGUAGAACAUCUUUACUCAUCUUCCCAGCUGUCUUUUGAAGGCUCCUCCCCAGCGAUGCUCAGCCUCUCUGCGCUGUGCUGAGGGUCAGCAGCAGGCUGACGUGCGGCGCUGGAGCGUGACACCCUGACGCAGGAGUUCUGAGCGGAGAAACAUUUAUUCUUUCAAAGGAAACUUAGUCAUCCGCCUCUGGAAUUCACAGGCAAGGAGGGAUUCUUGCAGAUAGACAAAGCAAACGCCAGCUUUGCUGUUGACUCAGUGUUACAUGUGAAGGGCCCCUGCCCUGUCACAUCCGCCGGGGAGGAAAUGACUUGGGCUUUCUUAUGGCUGCAGUUUGACCUCUUUGGUGGCUCUCUGCUGCGGCCUCGAGGACGGCUGGAGUCUGUCCCCGUUGUUUCGUGGCUUCAUUGAGAAGCAGCAGGGGGAAUGCUGCAGCCUUGGGGUGGCGGUGCUGCGUUCGUGUUCUGCAUUCCUGCUCCUUGAAGCUGAAAUGUCGCAGGGUUUGGCUUGGUUGGGACUGCUUGCAAGCUGCAGUUGUUUCCCUUGGCUCCCAGUUUGCCUACAGCUUUGUCUGCUUUGCAGUUUGGUUCCUGCUCGCUGCCCAGGCAGAUGGACGAGCUCUUGUGAAAGUCUGGGAACUCGUGAAUGUUCUUUUGUGCUUCUCACGGCGAGAGUCACUUCUUUAGAAUGCCCAGAAAUAGUUCCAAGAAAUCAUACGAAAAAUAUCUUGCUCAGUGUUGAUGCUGUUCUCUCUGGCCAGCAAAGGGAGGUUAAAUGGUUCAGUGCUGAGAACACUGGCAUCCUGCUGUUGUCUCCUGUUGCUUGUGCCCGCAGGGGCUGAUCUCCAGUUCUUCCCAGUGCCUCGCUUUGCUCUACUGAAUGCAGUUUUCUGAAAGGUUUGGGUGUUUCUGCCCAAACUGAUGAAGCCAGUCACUAGCUGAAUCCCAGCUGAAGGAAUUCAGGACUGCUGGGAGCUGUUGUGGGUAGAGCAUGGCACCUGUGCCUUCCCUGGGAGGACUGCUUUAUCCCCGUGAAACAAACAGGACUCUAGGGCUUGGUAAUACCUGUGUGUUUCUGGGGAUGUUGCAGUGACCUCAGUGUAAAGCUCCUGGGUAAUGAUGGGACGUGCUGCUUGCAUGUGUAGGGCAGCAGCUUGCCUCUUCUGGAAGCAGCCCGUGUAAGCUCUGGAGGAUGUUGAUCUCAUUCUUUGCCUCAUUGCCUCCUUGGGAAGGAGCUGGGAAGGGACAUUGCACGGGUACAGUCCUGUCCUGUCCCAUCCCUCCCAGGGCUGCAGCUCAGUAGGAGCCACGUGGGUCAGUGUCCUCACUGAGGUCAGACCCUCUGGAUGCAGGGGUGGAAGGAGUUAUUUCUGGAAGCGAGCUCUGUGUGUCUCAGCGUGCACUGUCCUGCUCCAAGGGCAUCAGUCGUGGCAGGUAUCGCUGCCCCUCAUAGGAGGAGGAACGUAAGGACCAGCAAAGCAGUGCUCUGUGAGCCUGCUGGAAACCACCCGCAGCCCUGUGAAGAGGGGAAUGCUUUCUGAUGUGUUCUGCAGAGCUCUUGUUUCUUCCUAACUUGUUCUGGAGCCUGGACUGGCACUCCCAUCCCCCUCUGUUAGCUGUCCUGGCUGACACUGUGCUCACGUUUGGUUUUACCGUAUCCACAGCGUUUGUGAGAGUAGACGAAGCAGAGAUUUCUUUGCAGGUUAUUGCCCCAAGCCAGCCAUCUCCAAGCACAGUGAGCACUGCCUGCAACCCUACAGUUCCUUUACCCAGCCAUCCCAAGGCUGCUUGCUCUUUCUACUCCAAAUCCUGACCGGGCUGGAGCUGUUGGACUGAUGCAGCAGGGCAGCGUUUCCUUGCUGUGAGUGCCUCUCGCUGCUGGGUAGCACGCCUUGUUCCUCCCAGUUCAGUUCCAGGCCUCCGAAAACUUGCUCAUGGCAGCCCCAUCUUUCAGUCUGUUUGUCACAGAGCAUUGACACGCAAACCGUGCUGCUUAUUCCAGCAUUUCAUUACUGCCCUCAGCUUCAGGUUUUCAGGUCAGAACUGCAGCUCCACGUUGCAGGACGCCCCGAGCUGCAUUUUCCUACCAAGACGUUGAUUGCAUUCGGUGUGAGCAGACUGAUGACUUCAAGUGAACGUCUUCAACAAAUGAAACAAGGCUUUGUUCCUUCUCCAGCUGAGUUGAAUUGCACGGGUGGUCGGCGAAUUCCCUAGGAGCUGCAUGGAGGUUUUGGCAUGCAAGGAGGGAGCGAGCAGGAUGUCAUCGCUGGUGGCUUUUAUUUUAAGUGCUUUGAGUAAGUUGCUGACACUGAGGUUAAUAGCUGCUGACACAGGGGUUGUGUUUGGGGUUAUUUUAUUAACAGAGGCUUCUCCAUACGAAGCAGCUCACCUUUGAAGCAGAGCAUUGAUCAGCUGUGUCAUUCAGUGGUCCUGGGCUUUCUGCCUGCUGCAAUAUGUUGCCUAAAGCUGACCAGGAUGCUUGGGAAGCUGUAGAGGUGCACUGAUACGUGGGCCUGGUGUCUGGGCAGCGUGUGAGGAAUGGCUUUGAGCACGGUGCCAACAAAAACACGGCGCUGCAUCAGCUCUUGGCUGCAAGAAGCUGCUUUCUCCUGUCUUGUGCAAAGCAUUUUGUGGCAGGUGUUCCUCUAGGAAGCACCUUGUUGUGCGCUGUGCCAUCCUUCCAGCUGUGGUUCCUGGAGUCCUCUGCCCAGGGUGGGGGCUUUAAUUGGAGUUUGUCAGGUGAAGGUGCAUUUGAGCAGCUCGUUUUGAGUUUUUGCAAGCCAUUCUGUAGAAGGAAUUUGGAAAUGGAGGCCGCGUUUCUGGUUCCAUACCGUUGGAGGCUCCUCAUGGAAAGCACAACGCUGAGCUUUCUUUUCAUAGAAUCCCAAUAUCAGCUUAAACUUCAGGUAAAAUCUAGGUCAAGCUUUGUCCUGAGGCUCUGGAGAAGGGCCUGCAGCACUUGCUUUUUUUGUGUGUGAGGAAGGCAGCAUCCUCAUCCUGGUUUUGUGGGCCUGCUGGGUGCAUGCAAACUGCUCCUUGCUCUCCUUUUCCCCAAGCAGCAAGCUCUGUGUGCAGCAACCUGAAGCGCUCAGGAGCAGAUCUCUGUAAGGAGAGCACGAGCACGUGUCUGUCCAUCUCUGACAGCUGUCCUGCCCUGGAACAGCUUGUGUCUCAGGAGCUUCUUGACCCAGAGGACGUAUCCUCAUCCUGGAGGAGGUGGUGAGCUGUAGGUUUCAGUGCACUCUGUGUCUGCUCUUCUUCUUCCCACGUGCAUCGUUUCAUUUCUCAAACCCAAGCGAGCCAAACUCGCUGUGAUCUUCAGCUGCUUUUUCUCACAGGUUCCUCCAUUUCUUCACGCUUGGUUGCUAUUUUUCUUAGCCUGGGUGGCUUAGCACCAUCAGUAAACUUUGUCUCUUUAUUAUUCACUCCCUUUCCUGGUUUUCUUAUGACCAUAUUGAACCACAAAUUCCAGUGGAGCUCCACAGGUUACCAUCUCUGCACAGGGUUAUCCAGUGCUUAGCACUGCACUUGCGUGGCGUGACAAAGCAUAGAGGUAUUGGUGCAUUUAUUCUGCCUUGAAACGUGCAGGUGGGCUUCUGCCUUUUCCAGAGAACCCAGGCACAAAGCUUUCUGCAGGAGGAUCUGCUCCUGGGAAUUGGGUGCUCCCUUCGUGCAAUGCAAAGUGAUGGUUAAGCAAGAAGAGGCUCAUCCUUUGCAGUCAGUUCUGUGAGCAAGAGGGAGGACGGAGCCCUCUGACUGCAACCAGAGCAAUACAUCUGCUUUUGUCCUCUUCCAUAGGUGAGGCAGGCUAGGAUGGAACCGCUCUCUGUAGCUCUGGUGCCUUUCUCAUGCUGACAGGAGGAGAACCUUGUGUUUGGGUUGUAAAUCAGGGCUGCAGGCUGUGUGUGGGGCGGGGGAACGCAAUACAAGUGAUGCCUGCUCGCUGCAGCCGUGCCCUGGGCUGCUCCUGUUGGGAAGGGGAGGCUCUGGGGGGCGACCCAGGGGCAGUGGGUGGCUGCGAGGUGCACCCAGCCCUGCAGGAGGCCCGGGGAAGCAGUGUGCUGUGGGCUGGGCGUGCUGUGGGGCACGCUGCUCGUGCCAGCGCCGGGUGGCUGAGCCUCGGCCCUUCAGGGAGCGCUGCUGGGAUCGUGCAGACCCCACGCAGCGAUUCCUGCGGCCCCUGCAGGUGGGUGCUGUGGGAGCAGACUGGUCCCGGUGAAGCUGGGAGCCACGCGCUGUGUUCUUCUGCCCUCUGAUGGCCUGUUGUUGCCCCACCUGCACUGCCACGCUGAUGCCUUUCCCUCCGCCCUAGCAGCGCUGCGGUCGGGUGUAGUUUGUUCCAAGGUAAGAGCACGAAAACGUCGUCGCCAUCCCGAGCUGCAGAGCCCGUUGUCGCUGCUGCUGGGGCUGGGUAACAUGCUCUGCCAUCAGCCUCCUGCACUCCCAGUGAGCAGAAUGGGGCCGUGACACCAGCACAGCCCCCAGGGACAGCAGGACGUGCUGGGUGCACGGAGCAGGGCUGGCACCCAGGGCUCCUGGCUGCUUCCCUGCACAGCACACUGCCUCCAAGCCCUGUGCUGUCGUUGCUGUCUCCAGGCUGUCCCACAGCCAUUGUGCUGGGGGGGCACCAGCCCCGUGCCCUCAGUGUCCUUCCACCUGGAGCUUGGCCUCGGUGACCCACGUGGGUCCCUUCCAGCUGGGGGGGUGUGAUGGGGAGCUGGCCCCCACCCUCAGCCAUCUCCUGGGCAGCUGCUGCCCUCCUUGGAGGCACGCACCGUGUCACCAUCUGUCCUCACCUAGGCCGACCUUUCCUUUUUGUGGUUGGUUUCUUUCUGUUUUCCUUCCUUCCUCGCCUCGUCCCGUGCUGCCUGGUGCUUCUCUUCCCCCGUUCCUCACCUGUAGCGUGGCAAUACCUGUCCUGGGGAGGGCUGCCAUCCUGCUGGCACCCGUCUGCCCUCACUGAGAGGCAGGGGAUGCGAGCAGGCGUCUGCAUCCCCCCCAGCCUGCAAGGAGCGGGGUGACCCCCACCCGACCCACAACACGGGGACGAGGAGCACCCACGGGCUCUCACACUUUGGAGUGGGGGGCGGGGGGGUGAACACAUCAAGCUGGUCACCACAUCACCCAGGCAGACACCGCUCCUCGUGCUUCCCUUCCCCACAUGGGACAGGGCAGUGUCUGGAUACAAAAGCAGGGAGGGGAGCUGCAGCCCCACCCCUGGUUCUACCCUUGGCUGAUGCCUUCUCUCUUUUUUUCUC